GAUCUUUCGGGGGUGCUUCCGCUUGUGCGCCAUGGCCAACCGCUUGAGCCUUUCGAAGGGCGAGUGGGACGAAAGGAUUUUGCAGGAUCCUAAGGCGAGGCCGAGGCCCUUGGAGCUACUGAGCGCACAGAGCUUUGGGCACCUGCCAGAGGAGGCAUCAGGCAUCCCUGCGCUGCUGAGGCAACAUCAUGAAGCUGUGAUGCGGCGAUUGGAUUUGCAAGAUGACCUUCUUCACAAGGUGCUCAAUGGUAUGAUCUCACCGGCGUUUGCAAUGAUGCCUGAGGAGGAUGCGAUGAGGGAAGGAAGUCCUCCAAAGAAAGUACCACAAACGCAGACGAGUCACGCCUCGCUGCUCACGAGCUACACUAUGGAGGAUCUGCAGCACAAGGAUGAUGCGCUGCAAGCGCACUCUCAGCACUCUCGGAAGCGCUUCGCCACGCCGACACAAAAGGCCCGCCGCAUUGACGAGAAUUGCCUGCAGAUGGUGGUAAAGCACCAUGUCUUCGAGGCGUUUUUUGCCUUGGUGGUGAUCAGCAACGCCGUUUUCAUCGGCAUUGACGUCCAACGAACUGUGACAACUGGAGUCAGUAGAUCCACGGAUAUUCAAGUGAUUCAGUACUCUUACACAGGCCUGUUUCUCCUGGAGCUUCUUAUGCGGAUCUUGGCCUUUGGACGGAAGUUCUUCGUCUCGGAGGAAUGGAUGUGGGCCUGGUUGGACUUGUUCAUCGUGACCAGCUCCUUGUGGGAGGUGAUCGUGGACAUCGUACAGGCCGCCUUGGAGGGACAAGGUGAUUUGGAGUCCAUCGCAGGUAUCUCCAACAUGAAGUCCUUUCGCAUUAUCCGGCUAACCCGCCUGCUGAAGACUGCGCAGUUCAUUCGCAUCUUCCGGUUUGUGAUGGCUCUGCGAAUGCUGGUGACAUCCAUCAUCUCUACCCUAAAGGCGCUGCUUUGGGCCUUGGUGCUCUUGGCGCUGAUUGUAUAUGUAUUUGCGGUCCUGUUUACCCAGGCUGUGUACGAGCACAAAAACGAUCCCGCGGCGCCUGCCAUGCCAUUGAGAGAAGCGGAGGCGAGCACUCGCUACUUUGGGUCCCUGGCCGAGAGUAUGCUGAGCCUCUUCAUGAGCAUUGCUGGCGGCGUCAGCUGGGAGGAAGUCAUCGGCCCUCUGAAAGAGAUAUCCAUUGUGUGGGCGCUAUGCUUCGUUUUUUAUGUCGCGUUCACGUAUUUUGCAGUUCUGAAUGUUGUGACUGGUGUUUUCUGUCAAAGUGCUAUAGAAUCUGCGCAGAAUGACCAUGCUAUGGUUGUUCAGGCUUUGAUGGAUAACAAGGCGGCGCACAUUGCCAAGUUGCGCAGCCUUUUUAACCACUUGAACGGCCAGGACAAUGAUGCUGGCAUCAUUACCUUGGGGAUGUUCGAAGAGAAAAUCAAUAGUCCUGCAGUUCGGGAGUACUUUGAGGCCCUCGGUUUGGACAUUUGGGAUGCUUGGUCCUUCUUCAAGCUGCUGGAUGCUGCUGGGGACGGGGCUGUGGAUCUGGAGGAUUUCUUCGACGGGUGUUUGCGCUUCCGCGGGCCUGCGCGGGCCAUGGACAUGGGCCGCAUCAUGCAGGACCAGAGGUGGUUGAUCCGAAGUCAGGGAAGAUUUCAGACCUUUGUCGGGCGCGAGCUGGUUUCCCUGAAGAGCGAUGUCACAGACUUGCUGCAGCACCUGGCCAUCAAGACCACUGCGAACCAGUGGGCGCCGUCUCAGUGGAAAGCGCCGUGAGAGCCACACCCCAGAGUGUGGCUGUAGUGAGAGAAGCACUUGUUCUGUCAAGACUCAGAGUUAUUUCAGGGAGCGAUCCUAGGAUGCGAUGAAUGUGCUUAGCCUGCUUGUCUUCCCAAGAUGUCUCUGACUUUUGAAGAGGGCCAUGCAGAUUCAAGCGCUGCAGAACCCGAUUUCACCCACAGAGAAGGGCUUGAGCCCAAAGUGCUUGAUGGCUUCAUUUGAAUUCGAGGUUUUCCGGCGGCCAGAGUCCCCAACGGGACUGGGGGUGGGCAACCUUCAGUUUUGAUCUACU